AAGAAGGUUCUGGGAUUACGGCCGAGUUUUGUCGAAAUUAAGCUGCUGAAAAUGUCUGAGGAGAUCCAGGAGAAGAUCCGAAACUACAAGACGUCUCCGUUUGAUGCCCGGUUCCCCAACACCAACCAGACCCGCAACUGUUACCAGAACUAUCUGGAUUUCCACAGAUGUAGCAAAGCUCAGUCAGCCAAACAGCAGGACCCGGCUCCCUGCGAGUGGUACCGGAGGGUGUACAGGAGCCUCUGUCCCAUAGGCUGGGUGCAGCGAUGGGACGAGCAGUUGGAAGAAGGAACUUUCGCCGGGAGGAUUUGAUCGCACGUUUCACCACCGCGGGCAACAUUUUAUUGUGAAA